CUUCGAUGUUAAUAAAUCAACAGGCGACCUCCGUUUCUACCUAAGUAUGUAAACAUCGUGGCAGUCGAUCUCUCGCCCCUUUCUCACCGGAUAUCAUAGCAUAAGUGCAUUCUCGGAUUGCUUCCCGUCAUGGCCUCAUGCGAUGACUUCACCUUUAUUGAGACCGACCAGCCAAGUGCUCAAGGCAGCAAACCCGAAUCUCUCUUCAGUGACUUCUACAAGUUCACAUCUGGCAAAUCCACCGACCUAGACGUACAGAUCGUCACCGCCCUCCGUGCUAAACACCCUGAAUUGAUUGUGACUACUGUGCCUGGCUCGAAUUGCAACCUUCUCCAAUUCGCCGCUGCCGGAUUCGCCCAAGCAGAUCUCGACGAGGAUUCCGAGCCCGUCCUGCGCUGGCGUGGCUUCGUUGGCCCCGCGCACAGAGGAGGCCAAGGUUUUCUGGCGGAGAACAUCUUCUUCGCCCGCUAUAACUACACCUGGAACAGUGAGAAUUUCAUCUUGUAUACUGUCGUCGUGGGCUAUGGCACCCUGCAGUACAUUUUGAAAGAGCCGAGGGGUAACGAGAAUCCAUACUCUAACUCCUCGGUCGUCAGCGCCCUCCUGGCCACCAUCGGUGCAUGGCUCAUCAAGGAGGAACCUGCUAUCUACGUAUAUGAUGGGUACUGGCAGAGGAGCACGAAGCUGUGGGAGCAAGUCAAGAAGGCGAAGUGGGAUGAUGUGAUACUAGAUCCGAAAAUGAAGAAAGCCGUCAAGGAGGUAGCCAAUAAAUUCUUCGAUAGCGAGGAAAUCUACAAAGAAUACGGCGUGCCAUGGAAACGUGGCCUAAUUUUCCACGGCCCAGUCGGAAAUGGAAAGACCAUUUCACUGAAGGCUCUGAUGCAUACGUUGAAUGAUCGAAAGCCUCCGGUGGUGACUCUGUAUGUCAAAUCUGCGCCGUACAACUACAACAUCCGACAGGUCUUUGAGAUGGCAAGAUCCAUGACGCCCUGCAUGCUGGUCUUGGAAGACAUCGACACCAUCGUAACGCCAGGUACUCGAAGUUACUUCUUCAACGAAGUUGACGGGUUGGAAAGUAAUGACGGAAUCUUGAUGAUUGCAACAACAAACCAUUUGGAUCAGCUCGACCCAGGUCUGUCUCAAAGGCCGAGUCGCUUCGACCGGAAGUACCUGUUCCCAAUGCCUGAUAAGGCGGAGCGCUCUCUCUAUGCUCAAUAUUGGCGGAACAAGUUGAAGAACAAGAAAAACAUCGAGUUCCCGGCAAAAUUGUGUGACGCCAUGGCCGGCAUCACUGACGACUUCAGUUUUGCGUAUCUGAAGGAGGCAUUUGUAGCGACUCUACUAGACCUUGCAAGGAAUUCCGACGACGAUAGCGAUGACGAAGGUGAGGAUGUUAUUGAUGGGUCUGACGACGAUGAAUCCGACCCGUUCGCUAAGUACAAGAUCUGGCGGGUGUUCAAAGCGCAGGUCAAGAUUCUACGUCGCGAAAUGGGUGGGGAAGAGGACAGCCAGCGGGUCGACCCAAGAAUAAGGGCCGACAGGCAGGUCGGCGGUGGUGCGGCUCAUGAGGGAAUUUAUCACGGUUCCCAGCCGUGCGUACAGGGGCUUGAAGGUGAGGCUGGAGGAUUGCAUCGUGGCAAGGCUCCUUUGCCCUUGGGGUGGAGCAGGGAAUCGCAGGGCAUAGCAAGCGCAAGGGACAUCACUCAUCAGAGUGGCUCGGUUCUCAGCCCUAUCCACUCGUUCGCUCCCCUCCCUAGUACCAAGUUGUCGAAGUUAAACGAAGGUGUAUGGGAAUGGGGCUCCCCCUAGCCGAGGUAUAUGUAAUAUUCUUGAGUUUGGCCCGUAUAUACUCCGUACAUGCAUCAUUACUAUUCC